AUGAACGAACUUUCGUGGAUUGGAUCCAUUUGUGUUGCACUAUACUUCAUUAUAGGCCCUGUCAAUGAAAUGAUUGUUCGUAAACUCGGUUACACCAAGAUGUUAGCAUUCGCAACCAUCUUUUGCCCAUUAGCCUUGAUGUUAGCCAGUCUUAGUCAUGAGAUAUGGCAUCUGUACUUGACACAAGGUGUCAUGUUCGGUUUUGGUGCUUCCUUUGUAUGGUUCCCAUGCAUCAGUGCUCCUCAAGAAUGGUUCUCCACUCGACGUGGUUUAGCGGUUGGCAUUGCUAUGUGCGGUUCCGGUGUAGGCAGCCUCGUCAUGGCUAACAUUUCUCAAGCUGCCAUGCAAACUUUAGGCUACCAAUGGGCUCUCCGUAUCGCAGGUUUUAUUUGCUUUUUCUUCUUGAUUCUGGCUACCAUUUUUGUUAGACAAUCUCCUGCUCAUUUAGCUAUUCAAAGCAAACAAGAUCAAAAAAAGGAAGGUUUUAGAGAGAUGUGGCAAAAGCAAAAGCAAUUGAUGAGAAGCGCUCAGUUCGAUAUGAUGUUGAUGGUUGGAUUCAUUACUACAUUCGGUUAUCUUACACCUUCUUUUCUUUUGCCCUCCUACGCUACCUUCUUAAAACUUAACCCUUGGGUCGGUACCAAUUUAUCUGCUAUUACAUCGGCCAUCAACGCAGUAUCCAAAUUAGCCAAUGGUUUCAUGAGUGACCGUAUUGGUCGCAUUAACGGUUUGUUUCUAUGUACAUUCUUAUCAGGGAUCAUGUGUCUGGCCAUUUGGACAAAUGCUAAAACUGAACCAGCUAUCUGGGUGUUUGCUGUUCUUUAUGGUUUCUUUGGAGGCGGUUAUUUGACCCUGUUUCCUGCUUCUUUGCCACAAGUUGCCGGCUAUGAUAAUAUCACAGCAGCUAAUGGUCUUCUGUAUUUCUCUAAUACCUUUGGUUAUUUAUUUGGUACACCUAUUGCUUCUGCCAUCAUCAACCGGUCAACUCCCCCUAAUUAUUCUUAUGCAGCUGUUUGGGGUGGUUUGAUUAUGGUUGUAGGUGGCUUAUUCUGUCUGGCUCUACGUGUUAUAAGAGCAGGCUGGAACCCUCUUGUUAAAGUAUAA